AUGGCCAUAAUUUUCCCAAGGUAGCAAUACAGCCUUCUCCCACCAUAUGUUUCGUUUAUCCGUCACAGAAUAUUUUUUCUGCUUCUGGAAUUCCCUCAAAACAACAUGAACAUAAGCCAGGUGAAAAACCCAAUAACAGAACCCCAACAUAGGUGAACCUCUUCGUAUUGAAGCUCGAUACAGAAUACUUCAUGGUGGCUCUAAGCCUCCAAUCUGUCCAUUUUAGACCAGCUCAACAAAAUCCUUCUUUACAGACAUGGAGACCCAGAAAUUUUAUAAGAUGUAGGAUUGCAGAGCCCACCGGAAAGCCAGCUCCUUUGGGACAGAAAACGAAAUACAACGAUGGAUUUUUUGAGAAGGCAUUCAUGGCUCUCUUUGCUAGGAAGAUGGAGAAGUUCGCGGCUCCAGUCAAGGAUGGGACUGAGAGUAAGAACAAAAGGUGGUUCGAUUCAGACUAUGAGAGUUUUGUAGAUGUUUCCAGGAGGGUAAUGCAGGGAAGAAAUCGCUUGCAGCAACAGCAAGUAGUUCGUGAGGUGCUCUUGUCCAUGCUCCCUCCGGGUGCACCGGAGCAGUUCAGGAAAUUGUUUCCACCAACAAGGUGGGCUGCAGAGUUCAAUGCUGCAUUAACAGUGCCUUUCUUUCAAUGGUUGGUUGGUCCUUCUGAGGUUGUGGAAGUGGAGGUGAACGGGGUGAAGCAAAGAAGUGGAGUUCAUAUAAAGAAGUGCAGGUACCUUGAGAAUAGCGGGUGUGUAGGGAUGUGCGUUAAUAUGUGCAAAAUUCCUACUCAAGAUUUCUUCAACAAUGAAUUUGGACUUCCCUUGACCAUGACUCCUAAUUUUGAAGAUAUGAGCUGCGAAAUGGUGUAUGGACAAGUCCCACCUCCAUUUGAAGAGGAUCCAGCAUCCAAACAGCCCUGUUUUGCAGAUAUUUGCUCCAUUUCGAAUCCCAACUCCAAUAUUUGUCCUAAGCUACAGGCUUGAAAAGAUGUUUGCUUCUAGUUGCUGUACCAGAAACAAGAAUUUGAUGUAUCGCUAUCAGGCACGGACCUUUGCUUUCGUACAAAGGAUGAUAUAUUCACUUUCUCACAGAAGAUCAAUUCUAGGCAGGAGUUGUAAUCUCAAUGAAAUGGUAGUUCAUUAUUUUAUAAUCCCUACAAAGGAUUUGAACUCUAAUUUAAUAAAGAUAAAAAUUGAAUAUAGUAAA